AUGCGCUUGGCCCUGUUGCGCCGCAUCUUUGCAUGGAUGAUGCUGAUCCCCUCGCACCGCCGCCGCGUCGAGCGCGAGAUGGCCUCGGCUGUCGACGAUGUCGCCAAGUCGCUCAUGCCAAGCACCACCGUGCCUGUCAUGCGUGAACUGCCUGCGCAGGGACGCGACGACGUAUGGGUCAUGGCCCAGGUCGAUGCGCUCCAGCGCCUCGGCGGCCACGGCGAGGUGGACGGGCGCGACGUGUACCUGGACGGGCGCGUGUCUGGCACCGUGUACCACGGCGGCCCUCAGCUCAACCGCCUGCUCGCCGAGACGCUCGAGCGGUUCCUGCUGACGAACCCCCUGCACCCCGAAGUGUUCCCCGGCCUGCGGAAGAUGGAGGCCGAGGUCGUCGCCAUGGUCCUGCGCAUGUACCAUGCGCCAGAGCAUGCGGCUGGUACGACGACGUCGGGCGGCACGGAAUCGAUCAUGAUGGCCUGCCUGGCGAUGCGCGAGUGGGGGCGUGCGGAGCGCGGGAUCACGCGCCCCGAGAUCGUCGUGCCGGCGAGCGCGCAUGUUGCGUUCGACAAGGCCGGUCACUACUUUGGCAUGGUCGUGCGCCGAAUCCCCGUCGAUCCCAUCACGCGCAAAGUCAAUAUCGGCCUCAUGCACCGCGCCAUCAACCGCCAUACGGUCCUGCUCGUCGGCAGUGCGCCCAACUUUCCUGACGGCAUGAUCGACGAUAUCGUGUCGAUUGGCGCGCUUGCGCGCCACUACCAGAUCGGGUGCCAUGUCGACUGCUGCCUCGGCUCGUUCCUCGUGCCGUUCCUCUCCGAGGCCGGCUUUGUCUCGGAGCCGUUCGAUUUCCGCGUCGACGGCGUCACGUCCAUUUCGUGCGACACGCACAAGUACGGCUUUGCGCCCAAAGGCUCGUCGAUCGUCAUGUACCGCAACGAGUCGCUGCGCCGCUACCAGUACUUUGUGUCGAGCGAUUGGGUCGGCGGCGUGUACGCCUCGCCGACACUCGCGGGCUCGCGCCCUGGCGCACUGAUUGCCGGCGCAUGGGCUGCCAUGAUGAGCAUCGGCCACGACGGCUACGUGCAGAGCUGCCGCGAGAUUGUCGGCGCGGCCCAGAGCAUCGAGCGCCACGUGCGUGAGGAGAUCCCCGAGCUCCAAGUACUCGGCAAGCCGCUCGUCAGCGUCGUGGCAUUCGCCAGUGCCGGCUCUGUGAACAUCUACGAUGUCGGAGACCAAAUGAGCCGCCGCGGCUGGCACCUCAAUGCGAUCGGCGGCGACGUGCCGGCCUUCCACAUUGCAUGCACGCGCCUCACCGUGCCGGUCGUCGACGCGUUUGUGCAGGACCUCAAGGACAGCGUCGCACACUCCCACACGCGCCCGACCAAGUCCGGCGCCAUGGCGACCGUGUACGGUCUGCACUCGACGACGUCCGUGGCGCCUAUUCUCCUGAACGAAAUGGCCGCACGAUACAUCGAUACCAUGUACCAAGUGCCCGCGCCCUAG